ACAAGCCGCGACGCCACCUGGUGAACGACGCGCUCGCGGGCAUCACCGUCACCGUGCUGAUGAUCCCGCAGGGCAUGGCGUACGCGCAGCUCGCUCGCCUCGCGCCAAUCCACGGGCUCUACGCGAGUUUCUUCUCGCUUCUCGUCUACGCGCUUCUCGGAACGUCGCGCCAGGCGAGCGUCGCUCCCGUCGCCAUCAUCGCGCUCAUGACCGGCGCCGUCGUCGACGUGUACGCCCCGCUCGUCGUCCCCCUGGCGGCCGCCGACGGAAACGCGACGGCGUGGAACGUCACGGAGGACGGAGCGAUGGCGGCGGCGGCGGACGGAGGAGAGAUGACGGCGAACGUCGUCGUGGCGACGGCGGUGACGAUGAUGGUGGGCGUGUUCCAGCUCGCGAUGGGCGCGCUGCGUCUCGGCUUCGUCACCGUCUACCUGUCGGACGCGCUCGUCGAAGGUUUCAUGACGGGCGCGGUGUUGUACAUCGUCACCUCGCAGGUGAAGCUGCUGCUAGGGCUUCGUCUUCCGAGCCGCCGCGGUCCGUUCAAGCUCGUCCUCACGUGGGUGGACGUGUUCGCGAACAUCGGGGGAACGGACGUCGCGGAACUCGUCGUCGGAGCGUGCAGCAUCCUCGUGCUGUUCCUCGUCAAGGAGUUCGUCAACAAGCGCUACCGCCGGAAGCUGCGAGUGCCGAUCCCGAUCGACUUCAUCGUCGUCGUCGCGGCGACCGCGCUCUCGUACGCGUUCGACUUCGCGGGUCGUUUCGGUGUCAAGAUCCUGGAAGAUAUUCCGACGGGGAUACCGGCUCCGCGCGCGCCGCCGGCCUCCGCGCUGGCGCCCGUCGCCGCGGACGCGUUCACGAUCGCCGUCGUCUCGUUUGCUCUCACGAUCUCGAUCGGGAAGAGCUACGCGCGUCGUCACGGCCACCGCGUCGACGCGAACCAGGAGCUGCUCGCGCUCGGCGUCGGUUCACUCGUCUCGGCGUCGUUCCGGGGGUUCGCGAGCGCCGCGUCGUUCUCGCGCUCGAUCGUGCAGGACUCGCUGCGCGGCGCGACGCAAGUGGCGAGCGUCGUCGCCGCCGCGUGCAUUCUCGUCGUGCUGCUCGCCGCGGGGCCGCUCCUGGAGAGCCUCCCCUCCGUCGUUCUCGCAGCCGUCAUCAUCGUCGCGCUUCGCAACACGCUCGACAACUACGCGACGCCCGCGCGUCUGUGGCGCCGCAGCCGCGCCGACUUCUGGACGUGGCUCGUCACGUACGCCGGCGUCGUCAUCGUCGACGUCCACUGGGGGCUGGUCGCCGGCAUCGCGUUCUCGAUGGCCGGCUUCGUCGUGCGCGCGCAGUUCUGCCGCGCGGCCUCGCUGGGGCGCGUCGACGGCGGCGACCUCUACCGGGACGAGCGCGCGUGCAAGGCGGCGGUCGACGUUCCCGGCGUGCGCAUCGUGCGCUACGAGGGCGCGCUCUGCUUCGCGAACGCCGAGCUGUUUGCGACGCGCGUCGUCGAGCUGACGGGCGUCGACCCCGCGGCCGUCGUUAAAGCGCGGCGGAAACGCGCCGCGAUGCCGCCGAAACCCGUCGCCACGGAGACGCCAAUCUCCUGCGAUGACGAUGACGACGACGGUGACGGCGACGGCGACUGGAAGGGGGCGCCGGGGGUGCGUCACGUGAUCAUCGACUGCUCGAUGAUGGCGUACGUUGAUAUGUCGGGAGCGGACGCUCUCGCUCGCGUUGCCGCGGAGUACAGGGAGGCGGGUGUCGCGGUGUUGCUGGCACACUGCCAGGAGCGGCUAGCCGAGCAGCUGACGCAGAUGGCGUUCUUCGAGAAGUUUGCGCGCCAGGACGUGUUCCUUAGCAACCACGACGCCGUGCUGCACUGCCUGACAUUGUAG